AUGGACACGGCCCACCGAUGCGACCUGCUGUACAAGAGCUUUGUGGAUUUGGUGCAGAAGCGACAGGCCUGCCGUCUCAUCACCGCCGCUCUGGGGUGGGACGAAGGUGUUGCUGUGCUGAUGCAGAAACUCGAGCGCCGCGUGAAUAACGCCAGUGGCGGCAAACGUGAUCGUGCCGCGAUGGGCUGCGCCGAAGAGGAUGUGACCAACGCGUUAGGACACGUGCUAACCACUCUCCCCGUCUGGGUCUGUGAAGGUAUUGCGAGGGAAUUCUUGCGGUGCACUGGCGUUGACCCGCUGUUGGUCUCACUGCCUUUGUGGUGGUGCCUGCUGCGCUGGUUGAUGGUUGGCGUUUGUCUCUCCGAUCCACUUGCGCACUGCUUCUGGCUCGCGCUUCAAGCAGAGAGCGGGGGAAGCUGUAGUAACAAUGACUAUAUUGGGAUUGACAACAACGACGACAACAACAACAAUGGCACUGGGCAAAAAGUUAAUAAUGACAGUGGAGCCCUCAGCCGUGAUCCCUAG